AUGGAAGGUUGCCCAUUAUUUUCCUAUGUUUGUGGAGAGAAUGCACGUGUUUUUGAAGGAAGGUCUGAAGCAUCGUGGGAACAGACAUAUUCCGGAGGCAUAGUUUUUACAGAUAAGCCAAUACGGCGUUCAGGUACCGUUAGAUUAGUACUGAACGGUAGCAGCCAUGUCGACAUCGGCGUGACCCAAACAGAUCCACAUUCAUUGCGUGAUCCAGGACAAGUGCGACAACUAUAUCUAAGCGACAAAUGCAGCAUUAUGAACAAUAUAAGAGUUCAUAAAGCAGGAUGUGAUGUGUCGGUCCAGAACCUUGGUGAUAAGGUUGUCUCUCCUCCAGCUGACCAGACUUACAGGGUUUCAGUUGAUCCUAAGAAAGACGUGUGGCUCCUUGUUUGCAUAAAGUUUGGAAAUGCUUCAGUGACGAUCGAUUCACCGGCCAAGUUCCACGAGGUCACUGGUGAAAACAUCGAUUUUGAAGGUAUUGGCAAGCAGAAAGUAAAACUGAAAGUUCAAAAUCCGUCUGCGAUAUGUGUGAUAGACAGAGAAAUAACCGCCAACUACCGCGAUGCCAUAAGGAUCCAAAUCAAUCCAAUACCAGGACAUAACGGGACACCUCCAAAUAUCUACCACGUCAGGCUCGGUAUUACACAUAUAAGGCCAGACGAUAUCUCAGAGUUUGACCCGCAGUCACUAUCUAUUAGUAGGAGAUCUGUCAGGAGAUCUGAGUCUAGGUGGAUGCCCAUCCAGACAUUUGAGAGGAGAAAAGAGCGAACCCCCGAUGCUUCCAAUACCAUCGACAGUUGUCAAGGGGAGCUAACUAUUACGGUAGAUUCGGAAAAGGAAUUAAAAUUUUCACACACAAGUGGGGUUAAGGGGCAAUGGGUAGUGACAACUUGGCCGUUAUUCAUUGUUCUAGAACUUUUUAGAGUUUCUGUCAAAGUAUUAGAACCUCUCCGAGUAGGUUGUUCAGCAUACAUAUCUAAAUGCAAAGGGCGAGACGCACAUCCAUCAAUGAUAUCCACAUCGAGAUCCUCACUAAUGUCCAAAGCAGAUUCUGGUUACAUUAAUCCCAUUACAGCGUCAACAAGUCGCGAUGAAUCCACAGCUGGUCCUACAGAAUGUUCGUGGCAUGACUGGCCGUCAUACGCAUCAUGGGUCAUCGAAAGUGUGUCAGUGCUGGAGGCUGACGCAAAGGAGCAACCAGAUAAUUUUGAGAGAAAAGCGUCCGCCAUGAUUACAGAAAUGAAAGAUAUAAAACUGAAGGACGAUAGCUACGACGAACUAGGUCAGGUUAAGAAGGACGAGGUAUUAUAUCAACGUUCAAAUCUCGCCAGGUCUGACUCAUUUCACGCGAUGAGUGAAAUCUACCGAAGGUUGGAUAAUUUAGAGAAAGUGAUUUUACAUCUGAAGAAUGUCGGGAAAGAAAGUCAAGACAAAAUGUACGCUAGAUUCAAAUCAUUGAAAGAGGUCGUUGAUGGAAUAACAAAACCAUGCCCAUCAACGGAUAAGGUCAUGAUGCAGAGUACCAUUCGCCUCAACUAUACAGAAUUACUAACAAAACUAGAAACCGAGGGCCUGAUAUUCAUAUUAUAUCAGAAAGGAGUUAUAGAAUUACAUGAAAAGACAAACCUUGUUGCCAUGCGUCAUAAUAGAUGUAGUAGAGAGGACAUAAGCGACCAGCUCCUUAAUAUUCUUGGCAGUAGACAUGUCAGUCGAAGCGCCAUUCUGGAGGCAUUGGAGUACACGAAUCAAGGUGACUUAAAGGACAAAAUUAUUCCCAAGUGA